GAAAAGCAGAAAUUGAAUCCGUUGCGAUGUUUAUGGUUCUGUAGAAUAAAUAAAGUUAAUAAUAAUAUAUUGGCAUAUUUUAUUGAUUAUAAAUUCCACAGAUAUUUUAAAGCACGAACGUCAACGGUCACUAAUCGGACAUUUCCGUCGUUAUGACCGGAGAUUUACGAAGUAGAUCUCAUAAUAAUUGUGUGCGCAACAGUUAAACUAUUCUGGUAGGCUACUGGAGGCAAAAACAAGUGUCAUGCAGCGUUUGCCGGGCGUUGGCCGAGCGUUGGCUGGGGUGGUACAGUCGAAAGGCAGCGUGGCUCUCGCCAAUAAUGUCCGCACAGCUGCCACGGCUGCCAGAGCCGUCAGUGCCAUGGUGGAGGUGUUUGUGGACGGGAAACCAGUCAUGGUGGAGCCGGGCACCACAGUGCUACAGGCUUGUGAGAAAGUUGGGGUGCAGAUACCCCGGUUCUGCUACCAUGAGCGUCUGUCUGUGGCGGGGAAUUGCCGCAUGUGCCUGGUGGAGAUUGAGACAUCACCUAAGCCCGUGGCUGCCUGUGCCAUGCCUGUGAUGAAAGGCUGGAACAUUCUGACCAACUCUGAGAAAACCAGGAAAGCCAGGGAAGGCGUGAUGGAAUUCCUGCUGGCCAAUCAUCCUCUGGACUGCCCCAUCUGUGACCAAGGAGGAGAGUGUGACCUGCAGGAUCAGUCCAUGAUGUUUGGCAGCGACAGGAGCCGCUUCACUGAGGGCAAGAGAGCGGUGGAGGACAAGAACAUCGGGCCACUUAUUAAGACCAUCAUGACCCGCUGCAUCCAGUGCACACGCUGCAUCCGCUUCGCCACUGAGAUUGCAGGUGUGGAAGAUCUGGGCACCACAGGCCGGGGCAACGCCAUGGAAGUGGGCACCUACGUGGAAAAGAUGUUCAUGUCCGAGCUGUCAGGGAAUGUGAUUGACCUCUGUCCCGUGGGAGCGCUGACCUCAAAGCCUUACGCCUUCACCGCCCGCCCCUGGGAGACCAGGGCGACUGAAUCCAUCGACGUGUUGGACGCAGUGGGCAGCAGCAUCGUGGUGAGCACGCGCGGUGGUGAGGUCAUGAGGAUCCUGCCUCGCAUUAACGAGGACGUGAAUGAGGAGUGGAUCUCCGACAAGACCCGGUUUGCGUAUGAUGGACUGAAGCGACAGAGGCUCACGCAGCCCAUGGUGAAAAACGCCGCUGGGCAGCUGAUGGCCAGUUCCUGGGAGGACGCCCUGACUCGAGUCGCUGGAGCGCUCCAGGGGGUGCAGGGGAGGGACGUGGCCGCCAUCGCCGGGGGUCUGGUGGACGCCGAGGCGCUGAUCUCGCUGAAGGACCUGCUGAACCGGCUCAACAGCGACAGUCUCUGCACUGAGGAGCUCUUCCCCAUGGCUGGGGCUGGGGCUGACCUGCGCUCAAACUACCUGCUCAACACCCACAUCAGUGGCAUUGAGGAGGCUGACCUGCUGCUGCUGGUCGGGACCAACCCGCGCUACGAAGCGCCACUCUUCAACGCACGCGUCAGAAAGAGCUGGCUCCACAAUGAAUUGCAGGUGGCGCUGGUCGGGCGGGAAGUGGACCUGAGCUACAGCUAUGACCAUCUUGGGGAGUCUCCUCAGGUGCUGCAGGAGAUUGCAGCUGGGACACACCCCUUCAACGAGGCGCUGUCCCAGGCGGAGCGGCCGGUGGUGGUGGUGGGCAGUGCCUGUCUGCAGCGGGAGGACGGGGCUGCUCUGCUCUCGGCCGUGACCGCCAUCGCACACAACGCCCGCACCAGCAGCGGGGCGCAGGACAACUGGAAGGUUCUCAACGUGCUGCACAGGGUGGCCAGCCAGGUGGCAGCACUGGAUUUGGGCUAUAAGCCUGGGGUGGACACUAUCCGCAAGAACCCGCCCAAGGUGCUGUUCCUGCUGGGGGCCGACGCUGGCUGUGUCUCCCUCCAGGACCUGCCAGAGGACAGCCUGGUCAUCUACCAGGGUCACCAUGGAGACACUGGGGCGACCAUGGCUGACAUCAUCCUCCCAGGCGCUGCGUACACAGAGAAGUGUGGCACCUACGUGAACACGGAGGGCCGUGCCCAGCAGACCAGGGUGGCAGUAACUGCUCCGGGCAUGGGCAGGGAGGACUGGCAAAUCAUUCGAGCCAUUUCAGAGCUGGCUGGAGCGACUCUGCCCUAUGACACUGUGGACGAGGUGCGUGACCGGCUGGCAGAGGUCUCGCCAAACCUGGUGCGUUACGAUGACGUGGAGGAGGCCAAUUUCUUCACACAGGCUAACGAGCUGUCCAAGACUGUGAAACAGACUCUCUUGGCUGAGCCUCUAGUUCCCCCGCAGCUCACAGUGAAAGACUUCUACAUGACAGACCCCAUCAGCAGAGCCUCCCAGACCAUGGCCAAGUGUGUAAAAGCUGUGACCGAAGGAGCACAGGCUGUGGCAGAGCCGUCCAUCUGCUGAAGUCCUGCAUGUGUCCGUCCACAUGUCCCCAAAGAUGGGCCUGCAUGUGUCCCUCUAUGUACACCAGACCAUAAAACAAAAACCAGACAUAGAUCCAUAAUGUUGUCCUUAUAUGCCAAGAAACAGACUCAUAAUCCUGUCUGUGUAACCCAGAAAUAAGUCUAAAGUACUGUCCAUAUCUAUCAAGAGAUAAACCAAAAGACAUGUCAGCUUGAUCUUCUCCUCUACACAUCACAUACUUCACUUUAAUGUUACCUGUGAUUAUAAUACACCCUGGUGUGACAGACACACAUUCACCUGUUGCGAGGCAUCCAAAAGUGUAUCCUGGUUUACGGUCCAGUUUAAUCCAAGCCAGACCAGCAGUCUUGACCUAAGUUUAUGACUAAAUGCAACUUAUUUAUUUAAGCACAAUUUAUUUUACAUUUCCAUGUGUUAAGGUUCAAAAGAACAGCUUUGUUAGUGAAAAGUUUCAAUGUCUUUAAAACAAAAUCGCACUGCAAUGUUUGGAACAGCUUUGAAAUGCUGGUAAGCAGCGACAAUGACAUAACUGCUGUAACAAUUGUACACGUGUGUACAAUAUUCUAUAUUUAUUUAACGUAUGAAUUUGGCUGAUAUUAAAUGAUUUGACUGAUCGUUCAGAGAGUUGUUACAUCAGGUAUAAAUAAAUAACAUAUGUGAUUUCA